CUGCUUGCUCCAUCACAGGGGAAGGGGAAGAAAGUACCUCUGGCUGCCAUUGCUCCCAGUGCCUGCCUUUCUUCCCUGCCUGGCCGUGGGAGCCCCACAGAGAUCAGCUAGGAGCUCUGCUUCCAAGGGGAGUGCUUUGGAAAGGCUGGCUCUCCUCUCCCACAGAGGAAAUGGAGGAGAAGCUCCCUGAAUCUGCUCCAGCCAGCGUACACAUUAGCUUGUUCCAGCUGUGUGUGGUCCAGAUGGUACAUAUCCAGUUGGGGAUAGCUGGGGUACAUCCUUCGUGGCACCUGCACUGGGGUGUGAAGAAAGAAGCAUAGGACUGGCUAUGCUGACUCUACACCAGGGGCUGGCAAACUUUUUGCCCUGAGGGACACAUCCGGCUAGAGAAAGAUUUGGAAGAGGUGAAAGAGCUCCUGAAAAAAGCCACAAGAAAAAGAACUCAUGAUGUUUUGAUGGCAGAAAAGUACAAGCUAGAGAUGGAAAUCAAGAACCUGCCACCACCCAAGCUAAAAGAAGACGCUAUGGAGGAAGAGAAACCACCAGCUGGGGGAUACACAGUGAAAAUCAACAGUUAUGGUUGGGAUCAGUCAGAUAAGUUUGUGAAGAUUUACAUCACUUUAAAUGGAGUACAGCAGCUUCCAGCUGAGAAUGUGCAGGUCCACUUUACAGAGAGGUCAUUUGAUCUGCUAGUGAAGAAUCUCAAUGACAAGAAUUACUCCAUGACAUUCAAUAACCUUCUGAAACCCAUCUCUGUGGAAGGCAGCUCAAGGAAGAUCAAGACGGAUAUGAUCCUUGUAUUAUGUAGGAAGAAACGGGAGGAAAAAUGGGAUUGCCUGACUCAGGUGGAAAAAGAGAGCAAGGAGAAAGAGAAAGCCUCUUAUGACACCUCAGACCCUGGUGAGGGGCUGAUGAACCUUCUGAAAAAGAUGUAUGCAGAGGGAGAUGAUGAAAUGAAAAGAACCAUUAACAAGGCCUGGGUUGAAAGCAGAGAGAAACAAGGCAAAGGGGAUAUGCCAUUAGAUAUUUGAAACUACUCCAAAGGCUGCCUUGACAUGGACCUUCCAUAUGGGACUUUUGCUGUGCUGCAGAGAUCAGUUCUACAAGUGCAUUGUUUACACAACCUUCUUCCAAGCAAAGACACUUACCUGUUUUCCAUUUCAGGUUGGAGAAAAUAUUUAAAUAAAAUACACUUUUAUAAAGCAUUUCUUUCCAUCAAGUGGUUUCCUCUUCCCUGACGACUAGGAAGUAUUCGUAUCUCUUCCCUCCCCUUCCCCCUAAGAGCUUUUCAUUGUUCUGCUCAUCCAAAAUGUCUGUAAAGCUGAUAAUUAUGCAAAUAUAAAAAGAAGAAAAAUCCUAA